AUGGAAUCACUCCAGGCUCUACUCACAGCCGUAGUUCAAGGGGGGUCGCCAAGCGAGAGAAGAGAGCGAGAAGGUUUGCCACCCACGAAAAGACGUUUGAAAUAUACGGACCAAACUGGGGAAGAGCUUGUCCUGGAGCGAGAGUCAUUGAACGCGGCGUUCGCUCCGGAGGAGUCGCGAGAGCAUGUGCAGACCAAAAGGAGCCCGUUCACUACACAAAUAUUGAAUGAUGAACUUCCCGGUUCGUUCCGACCUGUCACGUACGAAUAUCUAGGAACCACCGAUCCUAGCGAGCAUCUAUGCAGAUUUAACAACACUGCGGACCUGCAUCGUUUUUCGGAAGGAGUAAAAUGCAGGGUGUUCACUACUACUUUGGCGGGACCCGCUCAAGCAUGGUUUAGCCAGCUCCGGCCCGCCUCAAUAGGCAGUUUUGAUCAGCUCGCUUCUGUUUUCCUCGAUCAUUUUGCGAGCUCCAAGAAACAGAAGAGGAGUACUUUGACCCUCUUCGCGGUCAAGCAGCGAGAAGGAGAGCAUCUGCGAAGUUUCAUUAAGCGUUUCAUAACGGCCACUUUGGAGGUGCCUAUAACUUCGGAGGAGGUCCUGAUCAAUGCCUUAGCCCUAGGAUUACGACUUGGAGAUUUCUUUACUUCCAUAUCCAAAAAGCCGCCUCUUUCAUUUAAUGACUUAUUAAGAAAGGCGGAGCGAUAUAUGAAUGCUGAGGAAGCCGAGCAGGGUAAGGCCGUAGACAAAGGAAUGGACAAAAGAAAGGAAAGGCGAGAAGAGAAAGUACAAAGACUUGUCCCUUCAGUCAAAAAGGAAGGAUUGGUGGACAGAAGAAUGGGCCCUCGAUUCGAGAACUAUGUCUCGUUGGUGGCUCCUCCUGCCGAGAUCUUGAUGGCAAUCGAGAAUCAUCCCAAGUUAAAAUGGCCUCGUACUUAUUCUGAGAUCCCCAAGAAGAACCCGGUCGCGGGAAGUUUUUGUCGUUUUCAUAAUGAUUAUGGACAUACGACGAACGAGUGUCAGCAUCUUAGAGACGAGAUAGAGAGGUUGAUUCGGGCUAAAAAUUUGCCCGAAUUUGUCAAACCUGGACAGUCUCCCGCGAGCACACUGGCCCUGCGUACUCGGCCUGGGGCUAACCAAUCGGAGAACGUUCGAGAUAAGACUGGCGAGAGGAAGGACCAACCGGCAGCAGGAGGUUUUAUCCACAUGAUACACGGAGGACCUUCGGGAGGUGAUUCGAAUAGGGCUCGGAGAGCCCAUCUAAGACAGUUGAGGGAAACUGAAGAGCUUUUUGGAGAGGUCGAAGCUGCCGACCUGGCAAGUCGUGCGAACUUGCAAGUAUUAUAUGAAAUGGAAUCCCAGCUCGCGGAAGUGCAAAGGGUGUCGCAAGUCCCUCUCAUCAUGUUCGGAAGGAUAGACGAAGAAGGGAUACAGCAGCCGCACACUGACGCCUUGGUAAUCACAGCCAUGGUGGCCAAUUUCGAUAUUGCGCGGAUACUAGUUGACACGGGGAGUUCUGCGGACGUCAUUUUCUACAGUUGCUUCAAGCAAAUGAAUAUGAAUUUCGAGCUGAAAUAUGUGGAGACUAGCUUAAUGGGAUUCUCGGGUGAGACGGUUCAAGCUCUCGGAGAAGUUUGCCUGCCCAUAUCAUUGGGUAUGGAGCAUGUGCGAGCUACUAGGUCAAUAAAUUUCCUAGUAUUGGAUGUCCCUUCUACAUACAACAUGAUACUCGGUCGACCGUCCAUGAACUUAUUCCGAGCCGUGGUAUCUACUUACCAUAUGAAGUUAAAAUUCCCCAUGGGAGAUCAGAUCGGUGAGGUGCGAGGAGAUCAAGAGACCGCGAGAAGGUGCUAUUACGAUGCACUAAGACGAACGGGGAGGAUAGAUACCAUUCAUAGCGGGCGAGCUGUCAUGAUGGAAAAGGAUGAGCCUCGUCCUAAAAUCGACCCCGAGAAGGAGGACGGUCAUGUGCGACCCAUGGAGGAAUUGAUGACUGUGCAACUCUGCGAGAAAGACGCUAGCCGCACAACUAGAAUCGGGAGAGAUAUGGACCCCACAAUGGCGGAGCAAUUAAUAGAGUUCUUGCGCAACAAUUUGGAUGUAUUUGCAUUCUCGCCAAAGGAUUUGGUGGGGAUCGAUAGUCGCUUAGCUGUUCAUAAGUUGAAUGUCAAAACGGGCACCAAGCCAGUCAAACAGAAAAAAAGGCAUUUUGGAGCUGAAAAAGAUAGAAUAAUCCAUGAGGAAGUGCAAAAGUUGUUGCUGGCAGGUCAAAUUCGGGAGAUACGAUUUCCCACCUGGUUAUCUAAUGCAGUACUGGUAAAGAAGGGAACGGGCAAAUGGAGAAUGUGUAUCGACUUCCGAGAUCUCAACAAGGCAUGUCCUAAAGAUUAUUAUCCCCUCCCCCGAAUCGACCAACUCGUAGACUCAACCGCAGGAUGCAAAAUGCUGAGUAUGAUGGACGCAUCACAAGGUUACCACCAAAUACCUUUGGAUCGAGAGGAUCAUGCCAAAGUAAGCUUUAUUACAUCAACAGGCACAUAUUGUUAUACGGUGAUGCCCUUCGGUCUGAAGAAUGCGGGCGCAACCUACCAACGAUUGAUGGAUCGGAUGUUCCAAACACAGCUAGGAAGAAACAUGGAGAUAUACGUGGAUGAUAUGCUGGUGAAGAGCAAGGAAGCUAGAACACAUUUAGAGGAUCUUGAAGAAACUUUCCACACCUUACGGCAAUAUGGAAUGAAGCUCAACCCAAAUAAAUGUGCUUUCGGGGUCCAGACGGGCAAAUUCUUCGGUUACAUGGUCACCGAGAGAGGGGUAGAGGUGAAUCCAGAAAAAGUUCAGGCGGUCAUCAACAUGAAAGCACCUAGGAGCAUUAAGGAGGUCCAAACACUAGCGGGAAGGAUCACAGCUUUAAGCAGAUUCAUAUCUAGAUCCGGUGAGGCGAGUUACCCUUUCUUCAAAAUACUGAGAAAGGGCGCUGAAUUCAGAUGGACGGAGGAAUCGGAGGUCGCUUUCACCCAGCUGAAAGGACUUCUCGCUCAGCUGCCAUUGUUAACCAAACCCAAAGCGGGAGAGAAGUUGUAUGUAUACCUCUCUGUGGGCGAAUAUUCAGUGAGCUCGGUACUCAUUCGGGAGGAAGAAGGAAAGCAGAAUCCAGUAUAUUAUGCGAGUAGGUUGUUACGAGGGCCGGAGGAGCGGUACACCGAGAUCGAGAAAAUCGGGCUAGCCCUAGUAACCACAGCGAGAAAGUUGCGACCUUAUUUCUUGUCGCAUACCAUAGUGGUCCGGACUAACCACCCAAUGAAGACGGUGCUGGGAAGGAUUGAUGUUUCAGGAAGAAUGGUGAAAUGGGCGGUCGAGUUAGGACAAUUUGACAUAGAAUAUGAGCCGCGGUUGGCCAUCAAAGGUCAAGCUUUAGCGGAUUUCCUGCAAGAAACCACAAGGGUAACUGAAGAAACAGAAUGGAGGUUAUUUGUGGAUGGCGCUUCUAAUUCAAUGGGAAGCGGGGCGGGAGUAAUAUUACACAAAGCAGGCGAGAGCGAGGGAGCAGAGUAUGCUAUCAAGUUACCAUUUCGAGCCUCCAAUAACGAGGCAGAAUACAAGGCAGUAAUACAUGGUAUGAAACUGGCAGCGAUAGCAGGUGCAAGAAGAGUGACUAUCUUUUCGGAUUCACAAUUGACAGUCCAGCAGAUAAAAGGAGAGUUCGAAACCAAGGACAGCCGGAUGAAUAGUUAUUGCGAGAUGGCGCGAGCCCUUAUGAAGGAAUUUGAAGAGGUAGAUUUGAAGCAAAUCCCGAGAGAGGAAAAUAUGAAAGCAGAUUUUCUUGCCAAAAUAGGAAGCAUGGAUAUGGGGUGCGAGUCGCGGAAGAUUCAGAUAAUCGUAGGAGAGCCAUCAUUGAAGGUUGGACAUGAAAUCUUGGGAAUGACGGGAGUGCAGGAUUGGCGAACAGAAAUAAAAAAUCAUUUGAGGGGUAAAAGCCAAGGGAGUUCGCGAGAGAUAACGAGACUAAACCAGCAAGCGAAGCACUUUUGUCUCGAUGGGGAUAUUUUAUAUAAGAGAGGAUAUACAAGACCACAUCUACGGUGCCUUGACAUGCGAGAGGGCCAAUAUGUAUUACGAGAGAUCCAUGAGGGAUGCUGCGGCGAUCAUGCGGGAGGAAGAGCCUUAAUAACACGGGUUCUGAGGAGCGGAUACUUUUGGCAGACUAUGAGGAAGGACACAAUGCAGUUUGUCCAAAAAUGCAACAAGUGUCAGAGACAUGGACCGUUAAUCCAUGUUCCGGGAGAAGACAUGACGAUCAUCACAUCUCCGCACCCAUUCGUGCAAUGGGGGAUUGAUAUUGUGGGCCCAUUACCGCUCGCUAGUGGACAGAGAAAAUUUUUGGUAGUUGCAGUAGACUACUUUAGCAAGUGGGUCGAGGCCGUCGCGGUCGCUAAAAUCACAGAUACCGAAAUUAUGAAGUUCCUGUGGCAAAAUAUAUGUUGCCGGUAUGGAUUACCAAAAAACAUCAUCUCCGAUAACGGCACACAGUUCAAUUCAAAAAAGAUACGUGAAUGGUGCGAGGGUUUGGGGAUAAAACAACGAUUUGCAGCGGUGGCACACCCGCAAGCGAAUGGCCAGGUUGAAGUAAUCAACCGAAUACUACUCGAGGGGAUAAAAAAACGAUUAGAAAAAGCGAAAGGAAAUUGGGUGGAGGAGUUGCAUGCGGUCCUAUGGGCAUACCGAACAACACGAAAGGAAUCAACAGGAGAUAGCCCUUUCUCGCUAGUAUAUGGAUCCGAAGCAGUAGCCCCUGUCGAAGUAGGAAUGCCGUCGAGCAGAAUUAUGAACUUCCAACAAGUGGCUAAUGAUCAACGCUUACGAGAAAACUUGGAUUUAAUAUUGGAAAAACAGGAGGAUGUUAUGCGCAAGAUGGAGGCAAGUAAAGCGAGGAUCAAGGCUGCAUACGAUAAAAGGGUAAAAGCAAGAGCAUUUCAAGUAGGGGACUUAGUCCUUAAAUAG